UUUAUUCUAAAUCCACCAAAACCCUGUAUCCCGCAAUUGAAUCAUAAACCCUAAAAUUAGUACCUGAAGUUGUUGUGUCGAUCGACACGAAUAAUCCGCUGUAAUUGAUUUGAUUUGAUUCAGUCAUCAAUGGGACGUUCUCUGUUCGUUAGAUCUCGGAGGCCAUUACCGGCCUCCUACAUAAACAAUCUCCUGAAACCUCCCAUUUUCACCCCUAUUUCAUCCCCUCUCUGUUUCCCCAAUCCAUCAUUGCUUCCUUCUCGUUAUUCAAUUGUUCCUUAUUGAGAGGAAGCUGGGUUUCUGCCGCCUCCUUCCUCUUCCGCCAUGGACUUCUUUCCUCUUGCCGCUUUCCUUUGUGUAAUUUUGCUCUCUGCUUCCUUCUCUGUUCGAUCAGAGCUUUCUCUCGAUUAUUACCAGAAGACUUGCCCCGAUUUUGAGAGAAUCGUUCACGAGGCCGUCGUUCACAAGCAAACUGCUAGUCCAAUCACCGCUGCCGCUACUAUGCGCCUCUUCUUUAACGAUUGUUUGGUUGGAGGUUGCGAUGCUUCUGUUCUCAUCUCCUCUAAUGUCUUCAACCACGCCGAGCGCGAAGCCGAAAUCAACCUCUCUCUUCCAGGAGACGCCUUCGACGUCGUCACUCGAGCGAAGAUUACCUUGGAGCUUUCCUGCCCCGGGAUCGUCUCUUGCUCCGACGUACUAGCACAGGCGACUCGUGAUCUCAUCGCCGUCACAGGCGGACCGUCGUAUGGCGUUCAAUUAGGGCGCGAAGACAGUCACGUCUCGAAAUCUUCAGACGUGGAAGGAAACAUUCCGAUUGCAAACCAAACAGUCGACAAGAUGAUCAAGCUAUUCACAGGGAAAGGCUUCACGAUUCAGGAAAUGGUAGCGCUGUACGGCGGACGCACAAUCGGAUACUCAAAUUGCAGGGAAUUUGGCGACCGGCUCUUCAAGUUCAGCAAGACAACACCAACCGAUCCAGAGCUUCAUCCGAAGUUGGCGGAGGCUUUGAAAACGACUUGCACGGAUUACGAGAAGAAUCCUGGAUUGUCGGCAUACAGCGACGUCGUAACGCCGUUGAAGUUCGACAACCAAUACUACCGGAACCUGCUGAGAGGUAUGGCGCUUUCGAAGUCAGAACAUGCAUUGGCAAAGGAUCCAAGGACGAAGAAGUUUGUGGAGAUGUACGCGGGAAAUCAGGACCUGUUCUUCAAGGACUUUGCAAAAGCUAUGGAGAAGAUGAGCGUUCGCGAGGUGAAAACUGGCGGGAAAGGAGAAGUGAGGAGGAGAUGUGAUGUGUUCAAUUCAAUCCGCACUCAGAAAAUAUAAAUUUUCCAACUGUAAUUGCAUUUUGGCACAGUAAAAACAAUUUUUUUUAUUAUUAUAAUUAAGGGAAUUUUAUUUAUUUAUUU